AUGGCCAGAAAAGACUUGAAAGAUCGCAAAGGCCAGACACUGGCGGCAAAGACCACACCUGAAGAUGCCCGUCAAGAUGCCAAAAACAUCGAUUUCAGUGAUCCAGCUGCCUGCAAAAGCUUUGAGGAGAAGCAUGAAGUACACCUGAAUCAACAGCCCGACGACACAGCCGAUCUCCAAUCCUGGCAGCAAGUAGACCACGGUGUGCUGCAUCUUGUGGCUCAACUGUCUGGACUGAGCGGGUACGAAGCUUUUGUUCGCUGGGCCAUUGAUCACCACAGGCAAUUGUUGAGAUGCAGAGGAGGCCAAGGAAGACUGACUCCGCUUCAUUAUGCAAUUGCCGGGUCCAACCAUGAGUUUGUUGGGCUAGUUUUGGAGAUGGUUGCCGAUAUCAAAGACCUCCUCGACCUUGAGACAAAGGACAAAGAGACAUGUCUCCAUUACGCAAUCAUGCACAGAAGUCCGUUCACAGAAGAGAUUAUCAACAGGGCACUUAAAAGCUUUGACAAGCCUGGAGACUGCAAUGAUUCUACAAGGCAUCCUGAUGACUCCAGAGAUGACGAGUUGCCUUCUGCCCGACCAGGGUGCGAGCACUACUUCACAGGGGCGGUCACUAACGGAGAAUUUGAGGGCAUGACAGCGCUCCAUAUUGCAGUUAGCUUGGAUCUGAAUAGCACCAACGACAAGGUGUUUGAGGAUCUGGUUUCGCAAUCUGCUCCAGUGAGCUCUGUCGUCAAGAUCGCAAAAGAACACAAACAGGGCGGGACUCAGUCUCCCGUGAAUCAACCCAACCAACUCUCGAACAUCCAAAGCACAGCCCAGGUCACUUCAGCAAUUGGUUCCAAUAUUCCACCCAACUUCAAGGCACCUCGACGGGUUUUGACCGGAGAUCGCCCUCUUCAACCAAAGGCGGGUGAUGUUGAGAUACCAAAGAAAAAUCUGGACCUGUUAAAGGCUGGAAAGAAGUUUGAUCUCCGCAGAGUCGUCAUAAAGCUUAUUAACGCAAACCGCCGUGUCUUGGUUGAGUGUAGAGACGCGGAGGAGGAAACGCCAUUCCAGGCACGCCUUACCGAGCUGAUGAGACAGGCAACAAAGUCGUCUAAGUUAAAUCCUGUCGAGAAAGAGAAAUUGCGCCACAAGACAAUAGAGAGUGACAUUAUUCUGUCCGACAUGCGCACUUAUAUCAUCGAACACUUCUACCGCAAAGACGCAAUGACAGCAUUGUACAAGGUCGGAAAGGAACGAGUUCUUGAGUUCGACCUUUCGGGUCUUCCACAUUCCACUAUCGACUCAGAAUUUCUGAAAGGCCUCCGGAAGGUUUUGCGUUUUGAGGGAAUGCUAAAAUAUGUCGCUCUGCCACGCUUGUCGGUAGAAGUAGAGGGCGUCCAUGACGGCGAUGUUGGCAAUACCGAGUACAGCCAAGCCACCAAACGCAAAGGAAAUGGCCUACAAGACAUGUGCACCAUAUUCAAGUGGCUCCAACCGUCUCACUCGGACGAAGCGAUUGAGACUUGUGUGCGCGGCCUCGACAUUCGCUCGUGGAACUGGUAUAAGUUCGAUCUUUGUUCUGACGUUCUGGAAUCUGCUGCUCCAAACCUCCAGGAUGCGACACUGUACUCGUCGGGCAACAACGCCGUUCUCUUAGGAUGGUCCAGUUCGGCAGGUUUGGCCAAGCUGCAAAUGCUCAAAAAGAUACACGUCUUUGUCCAAGAGGGACUUGAACGACCUGAGAGACUUAAAAAGAACAUGAAGACUUUUGGGGAACGGCUGCUCGAGCAGAAACCUGACAUCAAAUUCACAUGGUCCCCUCACAAGCUUGAUGAAGACCGUGACGCCAUCUUUACGAAUAGGGUGGCAGAUAAAUCAACGUUCGUGUCCACACGUCUAUAUCGAUUCUCAGACGUCGAUAUUCAGGUUGUACAUAUUGCAAUACUAACCAUUCUUCUCGGCAGCGAUUCGACUUGGAUGAGGCCUCUGAAAAGCUUCGCCAGUUUCCUCCGAUCCGAUGUCUGCCCAGCGUCUCCAGUGCCAGAUAUCAAGAUCGCCAUCAUAGACGACGGCAUCGACACGACUCUGGACAUCUUCUCAGGGAGAAUACAGCUCGGAGAUUCGUUUUACCAGCUUGGCGAGCUAUCAGGCCGCCGGGGCGCCUACUAUGUGCCAUCAGGGGCGCACGGCACACUUAUGGCGGCGCUGAUCUGCGAGGUGCUACCCCCAGUCCGGCUAUAUAUCGCGCAGCUGGAGGUCCUCCGAACGCAAGAUGGCCGUCGUUCAUUCACGGCUGAGUCUGCUACAGAGGCGAUUGGGUGGGCAGUGGACCAGGGAGUCGACAUCAUUUCCAUGAGCUGGUCGAUCCGCACAGACGGAAACCUACCAUUGCUGGAUGCAGCGCUCAAAAGAGCAAGCGAUGACAACAUAGUCAUGUUCUGCGCAUCCAUUGAUGAAGGUUCAACCGCAAAGGACAACACUUAUCCCGGAAAGCAUCCAAGCUGCAUCAAGAUUGGAGCUUGCGAUAGUGCUGGCCAUAAGCUUUCAUGGGUCUCGGAGGCUAACAGCCGUUUCUUCCUGCCUGGUGACGCUAUGCAGCCAAUAUCAGAAUCCGGAUUCUGGUCUCGAUCGCAGAUGGGCUUGGCGGGAAGCUCUGUAUCGACGGCUCUCGCGGCUGGCUUAGCUGGGUUGCUCUUGUAUUGUGAUCGACUAACUGACAGACCUAAAGUCCGUGCUCCGCUUGUUCUGGGCGGAUUGGCGAAGUCCCUCGGCAGAGCUCAGGACGUGAAGGAAGUGGAUGAUCUUCGAUGGCCGAAUAAUAUGAUUCAAGUAUUUACCGAGCUCGCCAGAGGAUCAGAGGCAAACAAGGUCCCUCAACUAUGGGAUUACCUCCCAAAAUCGGAUGAGUUGAAGUGGGAGAAGGGAGAACAAAACCUGGAGACCAAGAAACUUCUACGAGAGUUGAUGGAUAGAUUACGGAAGUGA